AUGAACAGAUCAUUUGAGGAUAUUCUGUUAAAUGAUGUUCAACCAAUUGCCGGGGAGUCAUGCGCGGUACAAGUGAUCGAAGCGGAGGUUGAUAUCCCACCUAGCACAGCAAACCUGUUCUCAAUUUACCGGCAAGCAAGCACAGCGCAGAUAUGCAUAAUAUUUGUUUCCACGGUCUGCGCGGUAAUUGCAGGUGCUGCGAUGCCAUUGGUAACAGUGGUUUUUGGCUCUUUUGCGAACGAUCUCGUCGUUGAACAUGAUGCGACAUCAAAUGAUGUCCGAGUUCAUACAAAACAUCUCGCGGUUCAACUGAUAUACAUUGCGUUUGGUUCCUUCAUCACGACAAUGGUCAGCGCCUGGGGCUUCAAUCUGGUCGGGGAACAGAUCACGCGACAACUCCAAAGAAAAUACCUUGAUUCAGUUCUCCGGCAAAACAUAGCGUUUUUCGAUGUGACUGGAGCUGGCGAGUUGACAAGGUAUAUUGAUCAUGAUAUGAAAUUGAUUCAAGUAGGUAUUUCCCAGAAGGUGGCAGAAAUCAUCUCCGGAGUCUCCGGGUUUGUGAUUGCUAUUGUGAUCGCAUUCAUGAGGAAUCCACUUUUCGCCUCAAUUAUGAUCUCUCAACCAUUGGCUCUUCUUUCGCUAGUGUCAAGCAUGGGAUUCUGGCUGAGCGCCACACAGAAAAAGGGAUUAGCUCAAUACGUGACAGCAGAGAAUCUCGCGCAACAAGUUCUCAGUGCAAUGGGGAAUGUCAUUUCUUACGGGAGUCAAGAACGAUACGCCAAGAAAUAUUUUGAUGUUUUGAAACUGCCAACGGCUUUUGACGUUCGAGAGAGACUGAUAUUCGGCUUGAUUAUCGCGGGGUCCUAUCUGAUAAUGCAUUGGACAAACGGCUUAGGGAUAUGGCAAGCAAACCGCCUUUACCACGAGGGACUUUGCACCUUGUCCGAAGCUUUGACUAUCCUAUACGCGACAGCUGUUGCUGGUGGAAUGCUGACUCAAGCAUUGCCUUCCUUAGCAGACAUUACUCAAGCAAACGGCGCAGUGAGUCGAGUAUUUUCUAUCAUUCAUCGCCCGUCGACAUUAGAUUACGAGGAGCGUGUUGGAGACAAAUUUGGCUCAAUUCGAGGAGAGAUAAGAUUCGAAAAUGUAACAUUUUCUUAUCCAUCCCGACCGGAAAAGUCCGUUCUACAAGGUGUCAGUUUCAACGUCUUUCCCGGCCAGACUGUUGCCUUGAUAGGCCCGUCUGGGUCCGGAAAAUCAACACUCUUCAAUCUUCUGGAGCGCCUCUAUCCCCCACUCGGCGGACAAAUUUUAGUAGAUGACCAACCGAUUGAAGAGCUGAAUGUUUCGUGGCUACGGUCGCAAAUUGGCUAUGUUAGUCAAGACCUUGCAUUGUUCGACGCGUCAAUUCAUGAGAAUGUUGCCCAUGGACUGAACCAGGCAUCUAGAGAGAAAUUGGAUUAUUUCGCAACAGGAAGACUGGUUGUUCAUGCUUGUCAAGUCGCACAAAUCCACUCCUUCAUCAGCCAUCUACCACAGGGAUACAGGACCGUGAUAGGGCCAAAUGGAUGCAAACUCUCAGGAGGCCAAAGACAAAGGCUUGCUAUCGCUCGCGCAAUAAUCUCUCAACCACCUAUACUACUUCUCGACGAGGCCACAGCUGCCAUGGACAGUGAAUGUGAAAAGGAGGUUCAAGAGGCGAUCCGAUCGGCUGCUGUCGGGCGAACGACUCUUAUCAUAGCCCAUCGCUUAUCGACAGUUCGGCAUGCUGAUAUGGUCGUUGUCAUGAAAGAUGGUGAAAUACUUGAGCAAGGAUCCCAUACAGAGCUAUACACGUCUUCUCUCCUAUACCAGGGGCUAGUGAAGCAGCAGACACUCCGCCCGCCCGACCCAUCCAGAUAUAGCAAUGCUAAUCUACUGUCAUGUCCGGCGACAGCACCGAAAAUAGAAGGCAAAGGCUCAACGGAGAUUUACACAGUCGAGACUUCAGAUGGCCCAGCACUAUCAAUUCAAGGUCGAAACAGUAGUGUAAGGAAUGUGUGGAACAUCAACAAACCCGAACUGCCGUAUACUAUACUAGGAAUCCUGUUCAGUAUCCUUGCUGGUAUAUCAUACCCAGUACAAGCAAUAUUCUUUGGGAACGGAAUUAUAUCGAUUAUUCGACCUGCAUUGAGUACUGGGGGAAGAGAUAGCCAAUUCUGGGCGCGAAUGUAUCUCAUCCAUGGUGCCGCCGCGUUUCUGAUUUACUUUAUGCGAGGGUACUGUUUCGCCAUUUCAGCAUCUCGACUAAACCACAGGGCCCGAUCACAGCUCUUCAAAUCAUUACUCUACAAAGGACUUCCAUUUUUCGACCGCGAGAAUAAUUCCGUGGGGUGUCUGAUCAGCUUUCUUUCAUCAGGAACCCGAAAGAUUACCGGUAUUUCUGGAACAUCUGUCGGUCUCUUCUUCGAGAGCACAUUCAUGCUCGCAGCGGGGAUCAUAGUUGGAUGUGUCUUCGGAUGGAAGCUAGGCGUUGUCAUUAUGGUUACUGUUCCAUUUGUUGCGACAUCUGGAUUUUUGCAAUACUAUGUCACGCAAAGAGACCAGAGACACACCAAAAGAGACACGAAGCCUAUCUCCAUCGCCCACGAAUCAUUCACUGUCAUUAGGACAAUUACAGUCCUAGGGUUACAGCAGAGCAUAAAGGAGAAGUUUGAAAUGGAAAGCAAAGUGGAUAAACAAAGUAGAUACUGGUUUAUCUCUGCAACUGUGUAUGGUUGCUCCUCUAUGUUCCGGAUACUGAGCAUUGCAUUCGUCUUCUGGUACGGAGGAACCUAUCUUGUCGCAAACGGCGAGUACAAUAUUCAACAGUUUCUCAUCUGCUUUGCAGCGACCAUAUGGGGAUCUCAAUCCGCAGCAGCCCUCUUCGCCCAAGCACCAGAUAUUGCGGGAGCUCGUGCGGCUGCAGUGCGAUUGAACGAAUUGAUGGGCCCGGCCAGGUCUCGCUUUCAUCAAUAUGGCAAUAACCACGGUUCCCUACCGGCGCCGAGUCCCUUCGCAGAGCCUCUUUCUGUGCGAAGGAUCAAUUUCCACUACCCAGAUCGUCCAUCACAACUCGCUCUCGAUGAUGUCACUUUCGCCGCGCCCGUUGGUUCCUUCGUUGCCUUGGUCGGUGCUUCGGGCAGCGGUAAAAGUUCGGCAAUUAACCUUAUCGAACGGCUUUACUCUCCCAAAUCAGGAAAUAUAUUGCUUGGCAAACACGAUAUCGAGGAAUAUGAUGUCGACUCGUAUCGCGGAUAUAUGGCGCUGGUCGACCAGAAUCCAUGCUUAGUUGGGGACGAUCUUCGAGAAUGUCUGCAAAGUACUGCAGAGGAGAUUUCAGAUGACGAGAUAAUGGAUGUUCUAAACACUCUUGGCCUUGCAGGCUUCGUGAUGUCGCUACCUGAUGGGUUAAGUACUCCUAUCAUGGCCAACGGUGCUACUCUGUCUGGUGGUCAACGGCAACGGAUUGCAAUUGCCAAGGCAUUAUUGAGAAACCCCAAGAUUCUUCUUCUCGAUGAAGCGACAUCCGCGCUCGACACAGCGUCUGAACAAUUGGCUCAACAUGCCCUUCAAGAUGGGACUAUUGAUCGAAUUACGGUUGCAAUAACUCAUCGUAUAAAGACCAUUGUUGACGCAGAUUUGAUUCUUGUUUUCGAUCGUGGGCGCAUCAUCGAACGUGGAAAUCAUGAUGAUUUGAUGGAACUUGGUGGGAAAUACUACCAGAUGGCUAGACUACAAGAGUUGGAUGAGGUUGACUAUACUAAUAUUGGGAGCUAA